GCUGUACCAGUUUAGUAGUAGCUGUUACUUGUCGUUGAAGUUGAAGUCUUCUUCACUGCUGGAUCUGCCAAUAGUCCCAGAGAGUAGACCGCGUACGAAUGAGACUUGAGACUGAGAGAGAGAACCAGCACCGACGUUAGAUCUACGGACAAAAGUCCUCCCAUGAGAUCGUUUCAUUCACGCUAAGCAAACUGUGAAAGAAAUUGUCAUUAUUAAUUUUGGUAGAAUAAUCCAAAUCUUUAGCAUCAAUUAUUUUAGAGCUUGAUUCAGUCACUCGCGUACCGGCGCCGGCAUGAUGGCUCAGUUAGUUCGUGCUGCCCGUGACUUGCGGGGACUGUUGGGGAAAUGGCUAUUGCCAGCGUCUCUCGUAGUCUGCAUCUGUACUGGGCGGGCGGAGAUGUGGAGAAGCUCGGAGGACGUGCGAGGAGUCUGCUCGGUGUAUUUGAAUGAAAACCUAACGAGUGCGUUCUGUAAAAUGACCUGCGCCAGUAUACCGGACAACGUGCUCGUUGGCUUCAAUCUCCGAGGCUUCCUGAUAGACAAAUUCACGGAUUUCCUGGGUGACGAUGGUAUACGUUACAAGUGGAAUCCCUGUACAGCUCUCAAUGUGGAGGGCUCCAACACCUGUGCAGAGGAUGCAGACUCAUCUAUGUGCGAGGAAGAGACCACCGGUACUUGGAAAGUACUUGGUACCUUGCCACCGUCUAACAUCAGCCUGCAUACGGUCAGCUUUGGCGAUGGCCUCACAUUUACACUGCACUAUACGUAUGAGGAUGUGGAGGCAGAUGUGGAGUUCUACUGUCGUGAAGGGGAGACACCGGGGACUAUCAAUGCUGACCCGGAUAAAGAAGUUCCCCGCCGGAGAUAUAGAUUUGUCAUUGAAUCAUCGUACGCCUGCGCCACUGCCAUCACCCCCACCAGACCAACGUCAGCACCCGGCACGUCAAUACCACUCUCCACUGGUACCAUAGUGAUAAUAAGUCUCAUUGGCAUUCUAGUCUUGUACAUACUGGUGGGUAUGACGUACAAAGCUACUGUCAACGGUGCACGUGGUGUUGAGAUGAUACCGAAUAUCGACGUAUGGACAAGGCUACUCUCCACGAUACGGUUUGGAGCAGCGUGGCUAGUGAGCCCCUGUUACAAAGGAAGAGCCAGCAAGGAGCUGAAUUACAGUACCAUUAAGUCAUCGGACCAGCCUCCGGCACCUGGCCAAAGCGAGGUGGCAUCACACACAAACCAGUCAAGUUUUGAAGAAUUUGCCUGAUGCUGAAUGUUUUCGGAUGCUUCACUCUCAAGAGGGACACUGUUAAGAGGCUAAAAGUUCCAUGAUGUGAGUACAGAAUGUUACAAAUUUUUUUUUUUUUUUCUCAAGUUAUUCUCAAGUGAAAGUUCAGCAUAAACAUAGGUUACAAGUUGACAAUUAUGUCAACAAUUGUUUUACAGAAUUUAUCUCACUGCUAUGACAAGAGGUUACAUAAUUUAAAAAAUAUCAAGAAAUGUUUACAUGUUUGGUGCGUGAUUUUUAAAAUCAAUAUGAAGUAUCAAGAUUUGAAUUUAUGGCGUAUCAAGCAAAGGGUGGAGACCGCUGUGUGGAAGUAUUAUUCUAUAGUCAUGCUUUACUUCUUCAGAGCUUUCACAGAACCACUUACGCACAUGCACUUUUGAAGCACUGCAGCUACAAUGACAUGUAUAAUAAAAAAAGGAUUUAAUCGCAUGCAUGUACUUCUCAAAGUACCAUUAUAUUCGCAGGCUUUUCUAUUUCUCUGUGAAGUGGCAUUUUAGACCUCUGCUUUCAAAUCCCAAUUAUGGCAUAGAUUCCACUUUUGAAAAUUAUUUAUUCUUGAUGCGGACACAUACAUCUUACUGGCUGCAGUUAUCUCUAUUCCCCCCAGCUACAUGUGUACUGGUUGGCUACAUGUAGAUGCGAAUCAUCAAUGAGUGCAUGCACAUGCAGUGAAGUGGCUUGUUUUGUUUGCACUCUCGUGAGUGGGUUGCCAAAGGAAAUAUUUUAUCAUAGUAACUUCCAGCGCACACAGCUAGCUGCACUAAGUUCCUGGUUACACCGGAAAAAACUUCAAUCUCUCCGUCUUUCCAAAUGUUUGCCCUACAGGGCAUCAUUACGGGAUAUGGACAUAUUUUAUUGCGUUUAAACAAUGCUCGAA